AAUCCUAAGAACGAGAUGGGGCUUGAGCCUCGGAGAGUGUCACCUUGUUUCGGAGGGUGCCCUGGAGAGAAACUCGAAGGGUCUAAAUGCAAAGGGCAGCUUUUGAUUUUUGGGGCAACAAACUGGGACUUGAUUGGACGGAAGGAAGUGCCUAAGCAACAAGCUGCUUAUCGCAACCUUGGUCAGAAUUUGUGGGGACCCCAUAGGUAUGGGUGCCUGUCGGGAGUCCGGGUGCGGACCGUGGUUUCAGGUUCAUGUGCUGCCCACAGCCUCCUCAUCACCACAGAAGGGAAGCUGUGGAGCUGGGGUCGAAAUGAAAAGGGGCAGCUGGGCCAUGGUGAUACCAAGAGGGUUGAAGCCCCUAGACUCAUUGAGGCCCUCAGUCAUGAGGCAAUCGUGCUGGCAGCAUGUGGGCGCAACCACACCCUGGCACUGACAGACACUGGCUCCGUGUUUGCCUUUGGAGAGAAUAAGAUGGGACAACUGGGCCUUGGGAACCAGACAGAUGCUGUCCCGAGCCCUGCUCAGAUCAUGUACAAUGGGCAGCCAAUUACCAAAAUGGCCUGCGGGGCUGAAUUCAGCAUGCUGAUGGACUGUAAAGGCAACCUCUAUUCCUUUGGGUGCCCUGAAUAUGGCCAGCUGGGACACAACUCAGAUGGGAAAUUCAUCGCCCGGGCACAGCGGAUAGAAUAUGACUGUGAGCUGGUACCCCGGCGGGUGGCCAUCUUCAUUGAGAAGACCAAGGACGGGCAGAUCUUGCCUGUCCCAAAUGUGGUAGUUCGAGAUGUAGCCUGUGGUGCUAACCACACACUGGUCCUGGACUCCCAGAAACGAGUCUUCUCCUGGGGUUUUGGUGGCUACGGCCGACUGGGCCAUGCAGAACAGAAGGAUGAGAUGGUGCCUCGCCUGGUGAAGCUGUUUGACUUUCCAGGGCGUGGUGCAACCCAGAUCUACGCUGGCUAUACCUGCUCCUUUGCCGUCAGUGAAGUGGGUGGCCUGUUUUUCUGGGGGGCCACCAAUACAUCCCGUGAGUCUACUAUGUACCCGAAAGCAGUGCAGGACCUCUGUGGCUGGCGGAUCCGGAGCCUUGCGUGUGGGAAGAGCAGCAUCAUUGUGGCGGCCGAUGAGAGCACCAUCAGUUGGGGUCCUUCGCCAACCUUCGGGGAACUGGGAUAUGGGGACCACAAGCCCAAAUCUUCCACUGCAGCUCAGGAGGUGAAGACCCUGGAUGGUAUCUUCUCAGAACAGGUGGCCAUGGGCUAUUCACACUCGUUGGUGAUAGCACGAGAUGAGAGCGAGGCUGAGAAAGAGAAGCUCAAGCGGCUGCCCGAGUACACCCCACGCACCCUCUGAGACAGGGUGGCACUCCCCUCGUGGCAGCUGUCAUUUCCAUGUGCACUGGGACCAGAAGUCAGACAAGGAAUUUAGGAAGCAAAAGUUGACCGACGAUGCAUUGGGUCAGCCUCUCUGCGGUUCCGUUUCCAAGCAGUUCAACGUUAACUACCUUUUUCUGUAUGCUUUCCAAAGUGUUUUUCCCUCAAUGUUUGAUUAAAACAUCUGCUCAUAGCCAGCUUGCCGUUCUACGAGACAGGCAGGAACUCAGAGCAAUUUAGGCUUUUUUUAUUAUAUAUAUAUAUAUAAGUUGUAUUUCUUUUCUCCCCCUCCUGAGUAUCCUUGUCUAGCCCUCCCAUUCCAGCCAUAAUUAGCAUUGUGAUCCGAGUGGGUGCCACGUGGGAGAGGAAUCGCCACUUUCCCAGAUAGAAACGGCCCUUCCAGGAACCAGCAGCCUCUAGGCCAAGAAAUCCCAGUGCUCGGUCUCCACCCAGCUCCUGCCUGCCUGCUUUGGGAGACCUGGUCACUUGCUUGUGGGCCCUCCUGCCCCUCACCUCCACCCAAUAGCUGUUUGCUGGCUUGCUGUCUGCAAGGCCCACUGCCUUUUGGCUGAAGCAUUUGUAGAACCAGCCCUUCCCCCCUGGUGGGGGAACUGGGAUCUCUGUGUUUAGCCAUUUAUAUCUACUUUAGCUCUCGAGUCCAAGUGAGAAUUGGGGACCAUGGGAUAUGGGGGUGGGCAAGGUGGGGACCCUUUGUGUUGUUGAAGGGCCUGGUUUAUUGGUCCCUGUGGAGCCCAGACUGCGCUUCCCAGUUAGAGAUCAGCCAGCAGUCAAGUGUGUGUUCAGUCCUCUGUGACCUGUUGUCGCCCGCGUGCUUCGCCUGUCCGCUCCUGCUGUCCCCUCGGCCUGGGAUAGCACCCUGUUCUGAGACUUGGCCAUUCUUCUGCUGGCCCCAAUGCUCUUUGGCGCUUGCAUUUGCUUGGCUCUGGUACCAAAUAGUUGGGAUUCCUGAUGAAAUCCCCUGCCCCGCGUGUCAGCGCAGACGCUGUGACUGCCACCCACAUCCCCACAAGUGCCCUCUUCCCGAGCCCGUCCUGGUAUUGACUUUGCGGCUGAGUUCCAAGGUGCCUUUCCUGGAUCCCAAGUGUGGUGGCUGCUCGGGCUGGGGCCCCUGGUUCCCAGAGGGUCUGGGUUGUGCCAGCUGCUUUAACUAGGUUUAGUUCCGUCGUGCUCUGGGGGAGUCGGGGAGAAGGAUUGGAGUGUGAGGCUGGGUGGAUGAGAAAGUUAAUUCUGGUCUUCAAAUUUAUGGUUUCGCUUCUGGUGUUGUGACACUUGUUAACUGUCUCUAUGUUAAAAUGCCAAAAAUGAUGUAGUCGCUGCUUCCUUCCCGCCCCAGUGCUCCGCAGCAGCUUCUGGCUUUGCAAGGUGUGUUUGUCUCGGCCAGCGCCAUGGCCUGGCGGGAACGGAUCCGAGUUCCCACUGUCUCCCAUCACGUGUCCAGUGAUAGUCAGUCCAGGGACAAGCUUCUGCGGUGGCAGUGCUCCUGCAAACUAACCUGCUUUGUCCAGGUCACCCCGGAUGCCACCCCUCGCCUCCACGUGCGCCUGAGCCUUCCCUGCUCUCUGGCCAGUGCUGCUCAGUGUCUGCUCCUUGUGUCCUGACGUUGUGUGGUCACCAAGAGGGCUGAGGCUGCAGUAAGCCCUGAGCUGAGCUGCGCUCAUCUUCCAGGGAGCAGACCACAGCCAGCAGCCAACUCCUCUGGGUAGUGCGGGGGUGGGGGCUGAGCAGAAAGUACCUUCUGGGGAGAGACCCUUGAGCCCAGCCACAACCCCUUGCUUUAGGCUAAAAUGUCCACCUGAGCUUUUCCACUGGGAAACGCCUUUAGAACAGGGACAGUGGGAAGUCCUGGGCGGGAGCCACUCUGGCCGCCCAUGGACUCCUGAAGUCUUCCAGUCACCGAUGAGAGGGUAGCAGGAAGGGAACAAGCGAGGAUGGUGUGAUUUGGUUGAAGGUGCCUGGUUUAGUGCUGUUAAUUGUCUUAUUUUUUUUUAUAUAUAUAUUUCUUGGAGUAAACAUUUUAAAUAAACGGCAUCAUUGUUUACUCUG